GGGACGGGCUCUCCCGGCUCCACUUCCUGCUCUGACCCGCAGAGACGCGCUGUGACCCCGCAGCUCGCUCACCGUCCUCCGGCCCCAGAGCUCCAGCAUGUACCGGUGCCUCGGAGGGCUGCUCGCCCGGGGAGGGCGCCUGGCCUCCGGCCGCAGGACCCCCGGCUCCUCGCCCCCCGGCUCCGGAGCGCUGCACCGGGGCUACAGCCAGGCCGCGGACCGGGACGACGACCCCAACUUCUUCACCAUGGUGGAGGGCUUCUUCGACCGCGGAGCCGCCAUCGUGGAGGACCAGCUGGUGGCGGACAUGAAGACCCGGGACUCCCCGGAGCAGAAGCGGAAGCUGGUCCGCGGGAUCCUGCGCGUCAUCAAGCCCUGCAACCACGUGCUCAGCGUCUGCUUCCCCAUCCGGAGGGACGGGGGGGAGUGGGAGGUGGUGGAGGGCUACCGGGCGCAGCACAGCCAGCACCGGACCCCCUGCAAGGGAGGUAUUCGUUACAGCCCUGACGUGUCUAUAGACGAGGUGAAAGCUCUGGCCUCGCUGAUGACGUACAAAUGUGCUGUCGUUGAUGUUCCGUUUGGUGGAGCCAAAGCCGGAGUGAAGAUCAACCCAAAGAAUUAUUCUGACACGGAGCUGGAGAAAAUCACCAGGAGGUUCACGAUCGAACUCGCCAAGAAAGGUUUCAUCGGACCUGGUAUCGAUGUCCCUGCUCCAGACAUGUCCACCGGGGAGAGGGAGAUGUCCUGGAUCGCUGACACCUACGCCACCACCAUGGGAUACCUGGACAUCAACGCUCACGCCUGUGUCACGGGGAAACCCAUCAGCCAGGGCGGGAUCCACGGGCGCAUCUCCGCCACCGGCCGCGGCGUCUUCCACGGCAUCGAGAACUUCAUCAACGAGGCGGCGUACAUGAGCCAGCUGGGAAUGUGUCCCGGCUUCCAGGACAAGACCUUCGUCAUCCAGGGCUUCGGCAACGUGGGUCUUCACUCCAUGCGCUACCUCCACCGCUCGGGAGCCAAGUGCAUCGGAGUCGCAGAGAUGGACGGAAGCAUCUGGAACCCCAACGGCAUCGACCCCAAAGAGCUGGAGGACUACAAACUGGACAACCGGACGAUCGUGGGCUUCCCGAACUCGACGCCGUACGAAGGAAGUCUCCUGGAGGCCGACUGCGACAUCCUGAUCCCGGCCGCCGGAGAGAAGCAGCUGACCAAGAGUAACGCACACAAGAUCAAAGCCAAGAUCAUCGCUGAGGGCGCCAACGGGCCGACCACGCCCGAGGCCGACCGCGUCUUCCUGGAGAGAAACAUCAUGGUGAUCCCGGACAUGUAUCUGAACGCCGGUGGUGUCACAGUGUCGUACUUCGAGUGGUUGAAGAAUCUGAACCACGUCAGUUACGGUCGACUCACCUUCAAGUACGAGCGAGAGUCCAACUACCAGCUGCUCAUGUCGGUUCAGGAGAGUUUAGAGAGAAAGUUUGGGAAACAUGGAGGAGCCAUCCCCAUCGUGCCCACCUCCGAGUUCCAGAACAGGAUCUCUGGAGCAUCUGAGAAGGACAUUGUUCACUCAGGCCUGGCCUACACCAUGGAGCGCUCUGCCAGGCAAAUCAUGAGAACAGCCAACAAGUACAACUUGGGUCUGGACCUGCGGACGGCGGCGUACGUCAACGCCAUCGAGAAAGUCUUCCAUGUUUACAGGGACGCCGGUCUCACCUUCACAUAGACUCACCUCCAUCCACCUGCACGUCUGUUACCCGUCUGUCCACCAGUCUGUUACCUGUCCACCAGUCUGUGACCUGUCUGUUACCAGUCUGUUACCAGUCUGUUACCAGUCUGUCACCAGUCUGUCCCAUGUCUGUUACCAGUCUGUUACCUGUCCACCAGUCUGUUACCCGUCUGUUACCAGUCUGUUACCAGUCUGUGACCAGUCUGUCCCCUGUCUGUCCACCAGUCUGUCCACCAGUCUGUCCACCAGUCUGUUACCAGUCUGUCCCCAGUCUGUUAUCAGUCUGUCCCCAGUCUGUCCCCCAGUCUGUCCCCAGUCUGUCCCCAGUCUGUGACCAGUCUGUCCCCUGUCUGUCCCCCAGUCUGUCCCCAGUCUGUCCCCAUGACUUCAGGACAGAGUUUACAGUUCCUUGCGGCAGCGUGAAUGAAGACGCUGAAUCUCUGCGUCUGUUUCUUUCUAACAAUCUUUUUCUCUCUAAAAUAAACCGGAGAAACCUCGAGUCUUCAGCUUUAAAAGGGGCGUGUCCACACUGUGCUGCUUUAAAAGGGGCGUGUCCCCACUGUGCUGCUUCCUGACGCAUCCUUAGUCAACCUGAAUAUAGAGAUUUGAGUAUAUAUAAUUACUGUUAUCUGAAAUAAGCCUUAAUACCACUUGCCUGAGAUACACUUUGAGGCCAAAAGUGUGUGCACACCCUUGACACUCAUUUACUAUAUUUGUGAAAAUAUUUCUAUCACAUAAAUAGUUGAAUUUUUACUAAUUAUUAACAAUUACGAUAAUUUUCUAAACAUUUGUCGAAAGUAUUAGAAUCGGCUUUAAGACGAGACGGUUAUUUCUCGUCAAUGAGCUGCGCAAAUCAAUAUCUGAAGCAAAAGUAAUAAACCAUCUUUCCUGAUGUUCACGUGAACAUCGGAUAAUCUCAACAACUCACUCUGCAACUAGAGAUUAUCCUCUGAUAAUUAGGGAUUAUUGUUUUGGUAAAUAAUUUCGGGAAGAGGAAUAAAUAUCCAUGAUGGCGUCGUUUAAAGCACAGACUCAGGAAUGCUGCUGUUAUUGAUUUGAAAUGUAACAGGAGCACAGUGUCAGGUGUCCACAUACUUUUGUCCAGUUGUGUACUCGCUGUUCUUUUUGUAUCGUGCGACGCACACGUGCCUCAGGACCUCAGCUUUGAUAUCGACUUUAUUAAAGGAUCAUUCCUGUGUUUUUGUGGCUUCUGGUCUGUUUACAGUGAAUCAACAGUUUACUCAUCAAUCAGCUGAUAGUGAAUUCUUAACUGUUUAUAAGCAUCUUAAUAACGUGUAAUAAGCUGAUAACAGUCUGGUAUUAAGCUUUAAAUACAUGUUAAUAAUGUACCAAUGAAAAGUAAAUACUGUUGCCGAUAACUUAAAUUUUUCAUUAGAUUCCUCAAAGCUUAAAAGCAGAAAGUAAACUGAAGAUGUUGAAACUUGUGGAUUGAUCCUUUAGCUCCUCGUUAUCUCUUCUGGUUUUUAGAUUAAAAACCUCGUCGGACACUUUGCUGCUUUUUCUCUUUAGGUGGUGACAUCGUUGGAGCUAAUGCUAAUGCUAAUGCUCCAUUAUAUAACAUGUGGUCAAUAAAGUUACCUUAACUAUGCAAAUCCCUGCUGACUGUGUGCUGUGCCCCCCCCCCCCGAGUCCUCUAGGAGACACAAGCCACUCAGCAAGUGCACAAGUUCAAGUCUUUGUUUACUGUUGUACCCCCCCCCCCCCCCCCCCACUAUGCAAACAUCAGCUGGAGCUGAACUUUAAAUCCGGGAGCUUUCGAUCUCUGAUGGUGAAACGGGGCUAAAACUUUAUUCUGUCAGUUACAAUAUUCUGUUUGAGGGAAUUUUUAUGCUUUUUUGUUCAAAUGAAAUAAAGUUGAAUCAAAGUCGA